UUAAUACGAGCUACGUGAGAGCUGGUGCGUUGUUGCCUGACGUCAUUGAUUAUUCUGCGCAUGGAACUACAGAAUGAGCAGCUGGUUAUGUUAUACUGCCAAUAAUAGUGGAAAUGUAUGGACGUUGGCUAUAGCUAAAUUGUAUAGCUUAUCAAAGCAGCAAGGUAUGUGAGUUUGAUUUUCAAUGUAGAAUAAUGGUCAAGUGUUAUGUUUUACAGCUAUAGAGGGCACACCGAUUUCCAUACGUUGAUGCUAUGAAGCCUUAUUGUGUUUAUUCAGGUGCGGCGGCUCAAUAAAGCCGGACGUUGCAGCAUUCAGAAGCAAUAUAGCCUACUUGCGUAAACAAAAUCGUCUGUUUUAGCGCUACCUUGGCUGUGUGAUGAUUAUACGUUAAACAAGGUGGGUUUGCACUCUUUUAGGGAGAAGUGUUAACCAGUCGACUUAUCAUGACCAUAUUAUCUGGGGCUGCCGAAUCGUGACAGCGUUUUGACAGGCCCUUUCUGGUCUUCACUGUAUAGCACACAGACUAGCAAGAUAGGUUGACCUGAACCUAUUAUUGUUUCCUUUUGUAAAAUGUUAUUGUAGAAAACAUGCAAGUGUAUGGUUGGUGUUGUUUUAAGUCUAUUCAGCGACAGAAUAGUCCUCCAUUAUAUUUUUAUACCUUUUUAUCAAUAUGUUUACAAAAACAUAAGGGUAGUGAAUGAAACAUUGCCGUGAAUGAAGGAUUGUGCUAUUAACAAACACUGCCCAUUAUUGUCCACUUAGCCUAACAGGUGGUACAAACUGAAUCUUUCCAAGGGGGUUGGAUGCCACAUGUAUUUUCACAGCUGCUAUAGUUGGUUAAUAUUUGACCAGAACCAAUGGGCCAGGUAAAGACAGUAUGGCUCCACACUCAUCUACCACAUGUAAAGGGAGUUCAAUUUGCCUUGCAAAGCCUUUACAUAACUUUACGUAACCUAUGUUACAGGUAAUCUGGGACAAUGGAGAAAAGAAAUUAUGGCGGGUACUCCCGGGAGUAUUUAGAUCGCUUUAUCGAAAGCCAAGACUCAUCUGUGGUGAACAAGUUUCAGCAGAAGUACUGGAAAACCAAACAGAAAAUCAUCAAGGUCACCGGAAAGAAAGAGGAUGAACAUGUGGUGGCAUCAGACGCAGACCUGGAUGGAAAGCUGGAGGUGUUUCACUCUGUCCAGCGAACGUGCAUGGAACUACUGAAGGUGAUUGAGCAGUACCAGAGAAGAAUCUGCUUUCUGUCCCAGGAGGAGAAUGAGUUGGGCCGGUUCCUGCGCUCUCAGGGCUCCCAGGACAGGACAAGGGCCGGGAAGAUCAUGCAGGCUACUGGAAAGGCUCUCUGCUUCUCCUCACAGCAGAGGCUAGCUCUUCGCAGUCCUUUGUGUCGCCUUUACCAAGAGGUGGAGACAUUCCGCUACCGGGCUAUCUCUGACACCUGGCUAACUGUAAACCGAAUGGAACAAUCCAGGACGGAAUAUCGUGGAGCUCUGCUCUGGAUGAAGGAUGUUUCCCAGGAGCUUGAUCCAGACACACACAAACAGAUGGAGAAAUUCCGCAAGGUUCAAGUCCAGGUUCGCAGCACUAAAACAAGCUUUGACAAACUGAAGAAUGAUGUCUGCCAGAAAGUCGAUUUAUUAGGAGCCAGUCGAUGCAAUCUGCUCUCCCAUGUUUUAACGACAUAUCAGACCACACUGUUGCACUUCUGGGAAAAGACAUCUCACACUAUGGCUGCCAUUCAUGAGAGUUUUAAGGGGUGCCAGCAUUAUGAGUUCUCCACCCUGAAGAACCUACAAGACCCCAUGGAUAAACUGUCAUCUCAGGGAUCAAAGAAAAAGGGGAAGAAGAAAAUCAAAGCAAAGACAGAUUCUGAGACUACUCAGACUGCAGAUGGCCAACUUAUCUCAAUAGAUCCCAAUGAGGAGUCCAAUAAAGUUGGCAAGACACCUUUUGGACAAUUUUUUGAAGACAUUGACCUCAACAGACAAAUGACAGUCUUCUCUUGUCAGGAGCAGGAGGAAGGUGGGGAAAGGGACAGCAUGGCCUUGCUGAAUGAGAUUCUGGGCAGCAUGUCUCUGGAUGAAGGCGAAUUCUCAAGGGAGUGGCAGGAGGUGUUUGGUGACGGGGACCAGGGGAGCGGAGCAACAAGUAAAGGAGGCCCAGUGGUAACCCAGCAUGAAGAGGACUCCUCCUUCUUCCUCCCAUCUCACCUACUGGAUCAGAACAAGAACAACCUCCAGUCCUCUCUCUCAGAUUGGACCACAAGCAUUCCACAGCCCAUCUCCCAGGCAACAGAACAAUCAUCUGGAGCCAAUCAGAACCCCUCUAGGCCAGCAGUGGGGAGAGAGAAACUGGAGACCUCCAGAGACCUCUCAGCCUGGUUUAACCUGUUUGCCGACCUGGAUCCUCUGUCGAACCCAGACGCAGUGGGUAGGAGUGACCAGGAACAAGAGCUUCACAAUGCAUAGACUGGGACCUCCUCCAUGCCUACAGCAGGAUGCUAUCAGAUAACAUAUUGCACAAGUCUAUGGUUACAUCUUAAUGUCAGCUGUUCUCGGGUCAUUCCACAACUUGACCCAGGAACAGCAGUUUGUGCAUUUACAGUACAUGUGUUCAAUGGUAUUAUAAGAUUGACCUUGAAAUCAUAAAUGCCAAAAGAUGACCGAUGUCAUUCACCAUGAGGAGUUUGAUGUGAUGUAUCAGUGUUUGUAAGUUAAUGUUGUCAGAGAAGGUAGACGCUUUAAACCAAAGGAUGUUUGUAGUUACACUUGCAAGCUUUCUGAAAAGGAUGAGGAUUCAUUAAUAGGAAAAUCAGUAUACAAACGGUUGAAAUCAUUAUCUGUUGUUGCUGAUAGAUCAUACAUAUAUUGCAUGUUUUGUGUAUUCCAUAUCUAUCUGUGUGAAUGUAGUUUUAUUAUUUUUUAUCUAAAAAUGUAUUAAUUGAGAUUGGGGGCUGGGAUUCAGAUCACACAAACGGUGUGUUAGCAACACACCGGACAGCUGACAAUGCACCUUUUUAAUGCAUUGUCUUAGAUAUUCAAAGGAAUCAUAUACAUAGUAAACUUUGCAUAUGACCACAAACAUACAUUAAAAUGAAGUCUGUUAUAGUGCAAUGCCCUAUAAUAUGCCUUACGUUGAAUCCUGGCUGAGGUGUGAUGAUUAACUAGCUGCACUUUCAGGUACAAACUAUUAUUUUGCUUGCAGAGAAACCUGUGUAGUAUAAAAUGUGCAUAAAGCACAUUCUAACCCUUAUUAAAAAUAUCCCUUUUGGGGAUCAAUAUUUUUUUUUCCAAUAAAUAAUGAAAUGCUGCAUAAAUAAAUAAAUGUGCCAUAGUUGCUGACUGGUUAAAAGCAUUUAAACAAGGUUAUUAAAUAAUGUUAAUGUAUUAUGUAUAGCUGAUGAAAUGUGUGCAUUUGGAUUCUGUCAGUUAAUUGUGUGUUUUGCAAAAUUAAACUACAACCUAUUAUAAAUAAAUGAUUGCCAUCAUU